ACAAGAACAUCCAAUCAAACAACAGUCUCAUUUUUAAUUCAGGAACUCGUACUUCGAAAGAAAAACACAGUCAAUACACUUUUACUGUACGGUCCGGAAUUUGAGUUCUAAAAAACAAGAGCUUCUCCACAUCCAUUUCGUCGCUUUUGAGCCACAUCUGCCUCUUUUGAACAGCUGUUUCAUGGGCACCCCGGAGGAAGAGCUAGAGUGGGUAGAUGUGGCAAAUGAGCUGCUCGCAAAGUGUCACAUCGAACAGAAGCUGACUAAACUCACAGAUUGUGACGCCAACGUGUUUAUUAGUCUCUACGAGAACAUCUUGAAAGAGAAGGUUCCAGAUUAUAUAGCAUCACCGGGCAGCCAGGAAGAUGACGUCCAUAAUAUUCAGUGUGUGAUUGAUUCGUUAUCACUGGAUUAUCUUCAGAUCAGUCUCUCACAUAUCACAGGAGAAAAUGUCAUCCGAGGAGACAAAGAGUCAAUCAAGAACCUUUUAGAUAUCUUUGAUGGCCUCUUGGAAUAUCUCAGUGAGGAAAUAAGCGAUGACUCGCAGAAAGAAGGGUCCCAAAGCGUUGAACUCGGAGAGGAUGCUCCCUGUGACAAUGAGGUGCCGACAACCAGCAAUGCUAUUGAGCAGAUGGACACGAAGUUGGAAGGGGUGCAUAUGUCUUCUGAUGGUGGAACGUCCACUGCAUAUUCCAGUAAGGUUUCCCAACAUUCUGCCAAGUGUGACCUGCCGGGCUCAUCCAGCGAGGUCAUCGGGCUCGGCGUUUCAGCAAGGACGUUCACAGAUCAAAAACAAGAUCCGACCAUCCUAACAUUAACCAUGGAUUCAGUGGGCAUCUCUGGUCUCUCAGAGAACCGAGACGCACAUUUGACUGUACCCCUGCACACCGCCAUUCCUUUACAACCACCCACCCAGAGCGACUCUCGUCACCAAACCGACACAGACGCGCACCCUGUUAGCCGAGAUGCCGUCGGCCACACAGUGGAGCAAUGCGAAUCUGGCGGCGUCCAGUCCGCUGAGGUUGAAGCCAAUCAAGUUGUGUGCAAUGGACUGCACUCGCCUGCCGUGAGUGACAGCAGCCAGCAACGGACCAACAUCGGGGCACAGACACUGGAGGCCACUAAAGGAGGCCCCAGGAAGGUCUUAUUCCACACGCAACCAGAUGUGCUCCUCCUCACGCUGCAGGAAGAGGCGUCGGCCACUACCCCGUCACCUCCAGACACAGAGGACGAAGAUCGAGACCCGUGUCCUCCUACCAGACCAGAGAUGGGAGGACUCCAGGAUGAGACUGGCCUUGGAAGCAGCUGUAUGGAAGAAGAUGAUGAGGAGGAUGGGCUUUCUCAACGCAGGAAAAGAAACAGACGAACCGAAAAGGAAUUACACCACAUUUCUGAGAAACUGACCAAUCGAAUUGAUGAACUGGAUCAGAUGCUCAAACGACUUAUGACUGAUAGCGGAGAUGUUUGCGAAGACGAGGAAGAGGAGUCGGACCUCAGCGACGACAUCAUUCCGUGCCGUCGGACUCCCAGAACACACUCUGGUGGGAGUACGCAUUUGAUAUCACGUCCACGAGGUCGUCACUCGUUACCGGAGCACUUCGAGGAUGAAACAGAGGGCAGACAAACAAACAUCCCUCCCGGUACUCUGAGGUGGCAAAGUGAGCCGUCGCGCCGUACGAAUCACAGAAAGAACCGAGCCUACGAGGCGGAGUUGGCAAGAGUAGAAGGCAGAAAACGUGCUGAUCUUGACAGGGAACGACACAAAGCUCAGGCGGCCGAGCGAGAGUACAGAGAGGCCAUACUCCAAGAUUUUCCCAAAGUGCCCAGAAUGAUUCCACAUACAACAAAGUCAAAAGUCCACACCCAAAGCACAUCGGGGCGACUACGAAUACCCAGGAAGAACCCGCCACUCCAAGUGAAGGACAACGAACUCCUGCCCCUGCUUCUGGAGGAACUCCCCUUCCUGCAUAUCUCCUCCCACGAUCUAGGCCGCAUGUGGCAGAAACAGAGGCGGCAGGUGGAACAACUUCGCGCCCAAGCUUCCUCUCGCAAGCAGCAACGCAGCAAAUUGUCCGAUGAGAUGGAACAAGCUCAGAGAAAACACGACCGCCUGGUGGAGAUGGUCCACAAACAGCAGGAGCACAGCAAACGUCUGAAGGACUAUAAAGAGCACAUCCAGAAGCAAAAGUCCACCCAGAACCGCCUAAGGGAACAGCGUCAGCAGAUUGCUCGGGCCAGGAAGUACCACCAGGACUACCACGUCCAGCACCGGGCUCGGCUCAUGAAAGCUCGCAUCAACGAGGAGAAGAUGUUUCGGGAGCUCUUCGAGGAGGGUUUGGAGGUUCAGAAGGCCCGUCUGAGGGAGCAGCGGGCGAUCGCCGCGGAACAACGGCUGGAGCACCAGAAACGACACCAACAACACAUCCAGUCUAUGGAGAACUACUACAAAGACCAAUUUUCACUAUUGGCCGAAAAACUUAAACAAGAGCGACAGGAGAUCCAGAUUCGUAAAAAAGCUCAAGAAAAGGUCCUGCUCAAGAUGAAGCGCGACCUCCGUUCCAAGAUGGAGCGCGAAAUCGGCGAACUGCAGAAGAUAAUAAUCCAGAACGACGAGGACGACCACUUUCAGGAUCUGGAGGUCCAGAGGUUACGCGAUCGAAUCCGCAUGGCGUCUUACCACUGCCGUUACAACUAUAUGCACUAACUCGAUGAUGACGUUCGAAGAACUUCCAAGUCCGACAAAUUGUAGCAAACGGUUGUUUCACUGUGACUCUCUUCUCUUGUUACUAGUUACCUUUCAAAUUUUGCCAAAUAACCAAAACACUGAGUUUUAACCCUCUUUUUACUUGUGCUCUUAAGUCUUCCUUUUAUGCAUCCACAAAUUCAGUUCAUUUCGCCUUUUAAAAAAAUGUAAAUACUAAGUCACUAAACAGGAUUUAGUGCUCUCUUAAUCCAAGGGACAAUAACAAUCAAGUCUUAAAAUGAUCCAAAACUGUUGGAAUUAUUUUUAACUGUAACAUACUGAUGUGUGGAAUAAAAGAUGGGAAUUUAACUUCUAUGAAGCUCCCGAUGACGUUUGAACCGCCGCAAAAUGACACGAACAUGACUCUAAUCAUGCUAGGGUUUCGGGUAAUGUUAUCUUUUGAACCAAUAAACCUCACACUGUGAUAAUCAAAUUUUGUUCAAUG